AUAGGUCAGUGGGCCAAGGUGAAAUAAACGUCCAAAUUCGUCCCACGAUUUAGCAGUAUUCGUUUGAAUGUCAUCCAGAGCUACUAGUAAUAUAUGUAUGACAGUUAUACACUCAUAAAUCAGUAUAACUAUUUUGAAAAUUCUCUAGAAAACAGAUCGCGUUAAAUGCAAGCAUUCGAGACUUGCGGGUGCGUUCAUUUUCGUUGUCUGCUAUCUACGUAACGCGACGCCAUUGGCAUCAACUGCCACAGCUGUCAGUACUGCUACUGGCAGCGUCGCGGUCACUUGCUCUUUCGAAGACAAUAAACAGAAUUGCAAUAUCGGUUAUCGGUAGUGCGUGAUCGAUAUAAUCGAUCCCACCUAGUGAGCGGGAAGAAGGAAACAAAGCAUCGUUCCGACAGUCACUCGUCUGGACAAUGCACUCGCUGUGCCACAGUGCAACGCAAUGGGACGCAGCAACGUGUUCCAGCGAAUGGCGGCUAAAGUUGGACGGGAGGAGGGAAGGGAUCGAUCGAUCGAAAACAAAGGGAAGACCGGAAGUUGGAGGAGUUCGAUCCUCUGGCAAAACUCGGUCACCACCGGUCGGACCUUUGUUUGGCAACUGGUGCGUCGCGGAACGGGGUUAACGAGCUGCCUGAUGCCAUCGGCAAUGCUUCCUUGGUCUGCUCGGCAAUUGGAUUGUUCGUCGACUAUCCGAUAUCUGAGUAUUGAGUAACGGUCUUGCACGUUCUGUCGUAUCGUUGGCUGUCAAGUGAAUCAAAAUGUCGACCUCGAGCUACUCCCACGAUACGCAAUCUCGACAUUAUUCCUGUCUGAUCGAAAUCAGGAGUCCCUGGAGGGACAAUCCCGCUCCUACCUAUAUAGAGCGAGUUUGCUUUCACUUUCGCUCAGUUCACGUUCGACGAUCCUUCGAUGCAGAAGUUUGUGUCAUAAUUAUUGAAGAUUCUGAAGUUUUUAUUGCUCCGGUGCAUACGACUUGCACCAGUCGCAGGAUCGAUUUUCUUUUGCUACUAGGACGAACAGUAGGUACUAGUAACAACGUACAGAUGUACAGUUUUGCGUAACUUGAGUCGUUCAGUCGGCCACGCGUAUAUUUUUGGCGAAAAGGCCAGUGACUGACCUUGACCGUGACCGUGACUAAUUCUCUAGCUUAGAGAUAUACGGAAUUUCUGGGAACGUCAAGGAAGCUGAGAAAGAUGAAUCCUUGGGAGAUCUUGGCGAGCAUCGCCAUUCUUGUCAGCAUUGUUUCUGGCGAGGAAGCCAAAUGGAUCUGGGGCGAAGGAGCCAAGAAAAAGUCUGAUACCAUCGAGAAAAAUGCUAGGUACCAGGUGUAUGAGUAUCCUUCUAAUGGUAACUUAAACGCAGGAGUAAGGCCCCAAUACUCUGGGCCCUAUGGCUCGGACAGUGGCCCAAUAUUGCCAGUUAAUCAUGGUACUCAGAUACUUGUAGGGCCUGAAGGGCCUACAGGGAUAGUCGGCAGACCGGGUAUUAACAAUGGCGGAAUUGUAUCGGGACCGAUAAAGCCAGGAUUUAACGUUGAUCCUAUCACAGUAGGUUCAGUACCAUCCUGGAUCAAGCAAGAUCAUCGUUAUCGCGAAUACGAUUCCUGCAAAUGCAGUUAUGGUUUUAACUGUCCCGGCCUCAAAUUCGGAUCCUGCGCCAAGGGUAAACAGUACUGUUGUUACGACAGUAGGAAACUUCACGGUCUGGCGCCAGCCCACGCAAAUUACAGUCCUCACGGUGCUUACCAGGGUUUACCAUUCAAGCCAUUCAACGCCAUCCCUUCGAAUUACUACGCAUCAAGGCCUCAAAACAAUUAUGAAAAUGGUCGUCCCAUACCGAACCACUAUAAUGGGCCUUAUUCGCCAGAUUACGACCCCUACGAUCACAAUGACUCUUACGAGUCCUACGAGCGUCCCCAUAUCGCGUCUCAUUACGAUCGUCCAGGAUACUACAAUCAUGGUCGUCCUUAUGCAACGCGUCCCUACGACAUAAGCGGUUACGCCAGAUCAAACGGAUCGGAAAAGACAAACGAAGAAUCCAAAGGACGCUCUGUUACAUCAAACGACGAGGUUUCCUCGACUUCGACGCAAAGUGGGUCAUCGGCGUCGCCGUCAGCGUAAGCAACCAGCCCGACGGGACUACUCAACUCAAUUCCGUUAAAGUUGAUUCUACUUGAGACACGAACUCAAAGACUUUUAUUUAUUCUCAUUCGACUAAGCAUUACUUUUUAUUUAUUAUGACGUCACUAUAGCCAAAGGUCGCUUUCGCGGCGCUAUUGAAAAGUAAAAAAAAAAAGAAGAAAAAUACGUGCUGCAUCA